GUGGUCACCGUGGGCCCGCCCUCUUAGGCUGACCUAGUGCUCCUUGGACUCUUCCCCCAGCCGACUCCGGGGUACGGGGCGAGGAGGGUGGAAGCUGGCACAUGGCGGUCCCGGUGGCCGCGGCCGGGGCUGGCGCCAGGCCCAGGUUAGAUCUGCAAUUUCUCCAGCGGUUCCUGCAGAUACAGAAGGUUUUGUUUCCCUCCUGGUCAUCACAGAAUGCCUUGAUGUUCCUGACCCUGUUGUGUGUCGCCCUACUGAAACAACUGGUGAUCUACCAGGUUGGCUUGAUCCCCAGUCAGUACUAUGGGGUCCUGGGAAACAAAGACUUGGAUGGGUUUAAGACCCUGACAUUCCUGGCUGUGGUGCUCAUCGUUCUCAACUCCAUGCUGAAGAGCUUUGACCAGUUCACCUGCAACCUGCUGUAUGUGAGCUGGAGAAGGGACCUCACCGAGCACCUUCACCGCUUCUACUUCCAAGGCCGCGUGUACUACACCCUUAACGUGUUGCGGGAUGACGUCGAUAACCCGGACCAACGCAUCAGCCAGGAUGUGGAACGAUUCUGCCGACAGCUCAGCAGCAUGGCCAGCAAGCUGAUCAUCUCCCCCUUCACCCUCAUCUACUACACCUACCAGUGCUUCCAAAGCACGGGCUGGCUUGGGCCUGCGAGCAUCUUCGGGUAUUUCAUCCUGGGAACCCUUGUGAACAAAAUGUUGAUGGGGCCCAUUGUGGCAAAGCUGGUGCAGCAGGAGAAGCUGGAGGGGGAUUUCAGAGCUGGGCACGUGGAGCAUGUGAGGACAGACCGCAGGCUGCAGAGACUCCUUCAGACCCAGAGGGAGCUGAUGUCCAAGGAGCUCUGGCUGUACCUCGGUGUCAACACAUUCGACUAUCUGGGCAGCAUCCUGAGUUACGUUGUGAUCGCCAUCCCUAUUUUCAGUGGUGUCUAUGGAGACCUGAGCCCCACAGAGCUCAGCACUCUGGUCAGCAAGGUGAGGCUCCCUCCUGGUGACCCCUCAUGCCGUCCCCUCUGCCCUCGGCCCGGCGCCUCGGAGUCCGGGCCGGGGCUCACUGCUCGCUGUCCCGUGCAGAAUGCCUUUGUGUGCAUUUACCUCAUCAGCUGCUUCACCGGCCUCAUCGACCUCUCCGGCACGUUCUCAGAUGUGGCUGGUUACACACACAGAAUCGGGGAACUUCAGGAGACCCUGCUGGACAUGUCCCUGAAGUCGCGGGGUGGCGAGGUCCCAGACGAGAGCGAGUGGGACAUGGACAGGGCCCCAGAGUGGCCGGUCGCAGAGCCAACAGACACAGCUUUUCUCCUCGAGCGGGUCUCCAUCUGUGCCCCCUCCUCUAAUAAACCCUUAAUCAGGGAUCUGAGCCUGAAGAUCUCUGAGGGGCAGAGCCUGCUCAUCACAGGCAACACGGGCACGGGCAAGACGUCAUUGCUCCGGGUUCUCGGCGGCCUCUGGGCAAGCACACGGGGCUCAGUGCAGAUGCUGACGGACUUUGGACCCCAUGGGGUGCUGUUCCUGCCACAAAAGCCAUUCUUCACGGAUGGGACCCUUCGGGAGCAGGUGAUAUAUCCCCUGAAGGAAAUCUACCCGGACUCAGGUUCUACUGAUGAUGAGAGGAUCAUGAGGUUCUUGGAGCUGGCAGGCCUGUCCAGUUUGGUGACCAGGACAGAGGGUCUGGACCAGCAGGUUGAUUGGAACUGGUAUGAUGUUCUGUCCCCAGGAGAGAUGCAGAGGCUCUCCUUUGCCCGACUCUUCUACCUGCAGCCAAAAUAUGCAGUGCUUGAUGAAGCCACCAGUGCCCUGACCGAGGAGGUGGAGAGCGAGCUCUACCGCAUUGGCCAGCAGCUGGGCAUGACGUUCAUCAGCGUGGGACACCGACGUAGCCUCGAGAGGUUUCACUCCUUGGUUCUGAAACUCUGCGGAGAAGGAAGAUGGGAACUGACCAGAAUCAAAGUGGAGUGAAGCCAAGGGUGUGGCUGGCCCCUGGAAGAAGUGCCCAGCUCGGGGCAGAUCGGCAUUCUCCCGGAGAGACCGGGGGACGGGGGGCCUGUGGGGCCCGGGAGAUCCCUGGCUCGCCUCCCAGGCCCUGUGCGGGGGGCACUGGCAGCAGGGGGGGCCCGGCCGGGGUGUGGCUCGCUGCGGGGCACGCAGUUCUGCGAGGGCGCCUCCUGCCGCCUCAGCCAGAGCUCCCUGCACUCGGGGUGCCGAUUGCUUACAAACAGCCUCAGAUCGUGUUUUCUAAAGAAAAACCUGAAAGUGUGGGAUCUGUGAGAAAUGUAGGGUCAUUGUGGAGAGAAUAUUGGGCUUAAAGUCACGCAAUCCAGAAAUCUUUUAAAUCCAUUAAAUUUUGUAGCCAUA